UCUCUGUUGGUGAUGACAAGUCUGUACAUCCAUUCUGGAAUGGGUGUAUACAAACAUUAUCAAGAAAGUUGUGGUUACUGAGACAGUUAUAUUUGAACAACACAAAGUCAAACUCUUGGUUCUCAAUAAAAACUUUUAAUCAGAUGAUUUCAAGUCAGAAUAUCUAUUAUACUUCAUCAGAACCUUUACAAUUGAUAGAAAAUGAGAGAUUAAAAACUUAUAAAAUUCGAAUAUAUCCCAAUCACCAAGAAAAACAAAUAUUGUUAAAAUGGAUAGGUCAAAAAUACGCCCAGUGUGAUACGACUUCAAGUGAUAAUGGAACUAAUAACUAUGUUCAAGACAAACUUUGCAAAGUAUAA